AUGUCUACCCCAUCGACUCUUCCUCCCCAUCAUCCCAACUACGGAUAUCCUCAUCAUCAGGCAUACCAGUCCACUGGGACUUAUCGAGCAAACAAUACCCUUUUGAACGGCGGCAACCGUCUUGGGGCGUCUUACAACUUCCCGACUCCAUCGAGUAACGACACCUCGUCGAAUAGCAUCAUUGCAACCGACCCCUCACGCACGAGUCAAACCGCGACACACGCAUCUGCUAGAUAUAGCAGCAGACCAGACAAUAUGCCUUCGUCAUCCUCAGUACCUACUUCCAAAUCGCAAAAUGCCAGAAAGAGACAGCGAUCUCGAGAACCAAGAAAGCCCGAUUGGAAAAAAUUCUACGAGAAGGGCCUACCGGAAGAAGUCAUUGUCAUCGACGACUCCCCAACGCCGCCUCCCUCAGAAUCUCUCCCUUCGCAUCAACACGUUCAUUCUGGGGGGGAUAGUCGGCAACCACAGAAGAAGAGGAAACGCGAUGACGUCGGAAAUACUUAUGACCCCGUAUACGGGCAUUCCCGUUCUCUAAACCAUACUCCUGACUACAAGAACUCGGCGUCGGGGUCCACAGUUUCGACUGACAGGACAACUUCAGCAAUCCAUACUACAGCGGCGACCUCUCUGGGGUCGCAUUCGUCGAAUGGUCAGAAUGGCUACGAGGCGGCAGACGUGCAGCCAGGGCACAAGAGAAAACGAACCGCCACAAGACUCUCAAUCGCCAACGAAGCAAAACGGAGAGAGCUAGAAGUGAACGGCGAUCCAUUCACAAAUUACAAACCCCCGCCUAACCCGCCCAUAAAAGCACCUGAUGUACAUGUUAAGGUUGUGGCAGAUAACUCGCACACGAAACAUAGCAAAGUUGAUGACGACGAUGGCCAUUACAUUGUGGUCCCCGAUACCAAUCUCACCGAUCGAUAUCAAGUUACGAAGUUACUGGGCCAAGGAACCUUUGGCAAGGUCGUUCAAGCUCGAGACUUGAGGAAGAACAAACUUGUGGCUAUAAAGAUCAUUAGAUCCGUCCAGAAAUACCGUGAUGCGUCCAGGAUAGAGUUGCGAGUCUUAUCAACCCUGAAAGCCAACGAUCAGAAUAACGACAACCGAUGUAUACACCUCCGAGACUGUUUCGAUUACCGGGGGCAUAUCUGUAUUGUCAUGGACCUACUGGGUCAAAGUGUCUUUGAUUUCCUGAAGGCAAAUUCAUUUGUGCCAUUUCCAAACAGUCAGAUCCAAAAUUUUGCCAGGCAGUUAUUUACCAGUGUUGCUUUCUUGCACGAUUUAGACCUCAUCCACACUGAUCUCAAACCAGAGAACAUUCUCCUAUGUGAGAAUAGCUACCAAGCAUUCACAUACAGUCGUCGGAUUCCUUCGUCUUCAACGACGCAGAACCGCCAAGCGGCUCAACGAAAAGUGCUACUCAGUACAGACAUUCGGUUAAUUGACUUCGGCUCUGCUACCUUCCAGGACGAAUAUCACUCCUCUGUUGUUUCGACGCGUCAUUAUAGAGCCCCAGAGAUUAUACUGGGACUCGGUUGGUCCUUUCCUUGUGAUAUAUGGAGUAUUGGGUGUAUUCUAGUGGAGUUUUUUACUGGGGAUGCCUUGUUUCAGACCCACGACAACUUGGAGCAUUUGGCUAUGAUGGAAGCAGUCUGUGGUCUUAAGUUGGAUACGACUUUAAUUCAGUCAGUUAACAGCAUGGCGAAGCGUAGUGGUGGUAAUCCGGCCGCGAAAUUCUUCAAGCGGUUAAAAUUAGACUAUCCCCAGCCCGAGACUACCCGGGCCUCGCGAAGGUUCGUAAAGGCGAUGAAACAAUUAGACGAAAUAAUCCCUGAAAACAACAAAUUUAACCGGAACUUCCUAGAUUUAUUACACAAGAUAUUCGUAUAUGACCCAUCUAAGCGGAUAACUGCAAAGGAAGCUCUCCAACACCCGUGGUUCAAGGAGGCAGCUACUCCUGAUGACGGGACAGAAGCUACAAAGAUUAAGCUUCAACGAGAACAAGCAACAACAGAAGCAGCGGCAGCUGCCAGGAUCAAUAGCUAUCGCCAUUGA